AUGGAGGAACCUCCCAUUGUCGUGUUGAACCCGGAGCAGGAGCCAGUAGAAACACUGCGCGAUGUCUUGCAGUAUGCUUACCCAGCCGUCCUCCUUUUCACCUUUGUUAUCGUAGGCGCUACCGACAGCAUCAUUGCCGCCUCUCGCAGGGACGAUGUCGUGGUUCCCACAAUUACAGGGCCUGGGGGGAAGCCCCUGCCCGUCACGAAGCGCAAGCGAGAGAGCCAGGAUAACGACGAGCAAGAGGAGCACUACAGCCCGACGACCAAGUCCUUCUUUCGGUGCUGCAUGAUGUUGGCAACCUUCACCUUUUUCUGCGCCGGCGCCGUCAUCGCCGCCCGAGCCUUGUACAACCGCACCGCGUCCGGGGGACAUGGGUGGUGGUGCGGGGAGCCCAAGACAGUCUUUGUCCUGGGGUCCGCAUUUCUAUACCUCUAUGUGACUGUCACACUUUUCGAUUGGGUAGCGAGUCCAUUCCUUGUUCACCUGGUUUUCUGGUGCAUCGCAUUCAUUGGCGACCUGAUGAUCCUGGUCUCGGAUGUUGUAGUCCUCACCAGGCCGCACAAUGUCAUGGUCAACUUGAAGCAUAGCAAGUACAUUGUCAUCAGCGGCACCAAUGCAUGGGACCAAGCCGACUUGAGCCUGGCAGGGCUGCGCCUUGGCCUGUUGGCCGGUGUGCUCAUUGUCUACAGUGCCAUGGCAUGGCAGCGAAGGCAAAAUGAGCGUGCGCGACUGGCAGAGCUAUAUGCUCCCGAUGUCGACGAGACCACGCCUCUGAUCAAUGGAAAUGGAAACGGCCAUCACGCGAAUGGACAUGCUCGAAUGGGAGUCAACCAGGGUGCUAAUGGCACAGCCGAGGGAAUUUCCGCCCCUACAGUUGAUGAGGAAGCAACCUUUUACCGACCUGAAAAGCUACCGCAUACCACCUGGUAUGAAUACCUCAGAGGCUAUUCGGUUUUCUUCCCCUACAUGUGGCCCUCGAAGCACUUCCGACUCCAGGCAAUUGUGAUUAUUUGCUUCAUUCUCAUGAUACUGCAGCGAAUUGUCAAUGUCAUGGUCCCGAAUCAGAUUGCAGAAGUCACCAAUGAGCUGUCUGGGGAUGAUCUCAAGCCUGGAGAACAGAUGACGAUGCCUUGGGUAUCCCUGGGGCUUCUCAUCCUGUACAAGCUGCUCCAAGGUCCUUCGGGUCUUCUCGGAUCGGUGAGAUCGCUGAUCUGGAUUCCAGUGUCACAGCACUCGUAUCAGGCGCUUACCACGUCGGCCUUUGAGCACGUCCACUCGCUCAGCUUGGACUUUCAUCUCGGGAAGAGGACUGGAGAGGUCUUGUCGGCUUUGAACAAGGGCUCAUCAGUCAACUCUUUUCUCGAGCAAGUGACGUUCCAGGUCUUCCCCAUGCUUAUCGACCUCUUCCUGGCCAUCAGCUAUUUCUUCUGGAAAUUCGACGUCAUCUAUGCUGUCUUUGUCUGCAUCAUUACGUUCUACUAUCUGUUCCUGACAAUCAGAAUGGCGCAGAGCACGGUCGACCAGAGAAGGCUCAUGUCCAAUGCCGAUCGUGAAGAGGAGGCAGUCAAGAACGAUUCCAUCAUCUCCUAUGAGACGGUCAAAUACUUCAAUGCGGAAGAGUUUGAGUUCAAGCGCUACCGACAGGCCAUCAAAACCUUUCAGGCCGCCGAGGCAAAAGUUACUUGGAGCGUGUCAUCCAUGAAUAUCUGUCAGUCAUUGGUGUUCAUGACGGGAAUGCUGAUAGCAAUGAUGCUUUCAGCAUACCAGGUCAGCACUGGACAGAGAAGAGUUGGCGACUUUGUGGCUCUCAUGACCUACCUUAAUCAGCUACAGGGACCCCUCAACUUUUUUGGUACGUUUUACCGAACCGUGCAGCAGGCAAUGAUAUCUGGCGAGCGCCUCCUGGAGCUUUUCAAGCAACGGCCCACCGUUGUGGACCGACCCGGCGCCAAGCCCAUUCCUCCGUGUGAUGGGCUCAUUGAGUUCUCCAAAGUACAGUUUGCCUAUGAUCCUCGACGACCGGCACUGCGAGAUCUGAGCUUCAAAUGCCAGCCAGGUACCACGACAGCUUUGGUGGGAGAAUCGGGAGGCGGCAAGUCGACAUUGUUUCGACUGCUAUACCGCUACUUUAACAGCACGGGCGGUGUGAUUAGAAUUGACGGUCAUGAUAUCAAGGAUGUCACGAUUGAUUCUGUUCGACGCCACAUAGGUGUGGUGCCGCAGGAUACCGUCUUGUUCAACGACACUCUGAUGUACAAUCUGCGCUACGCCAAUCAGAGCGCCACCGAGGAGGACAUCAUUGCUGCUUGCCAGGCUGCGAGCAUACACGAGCGAAUCAUGUCGUUCCCCGACGGCUACUACACCAAGGUUGGCGAACGCGGUCUGCGGCUAAGCGGCGGUGAAAAGCAGCGGGUAGCAAUUGCCCGAACGUUACUCAAGAACCCCAAGAUCAUCAUGCUGGAUGAGGCGACGUCGGCACUCGAUACCCAGACGGAACAGGAGAUCCAAUCCCGGCUUGCUAAGAUUGGCCAGGGCCGUACACUCCUGAUCAUUGCCCACCGCCUGUCUACCAUUACCCACGCAGACCAGAUUUUAGUCCUUAAGAAUGGCUCAAUCAUCGAAAGUGGUACUCAUGAGCAUCUACUAGAGCAGGGCAACGUCUACGCCAAAAUGUGGAGUAAACAAGCCAAGGCUCAAAAGGCUGCUCAGGAUGCCUUUGCGGCUCAGAACAGGGCCGAGAAAUAUUUGCGCAAAGCCUCGCUCAACGACAACGGGCAGGAUGACGACUCGAGCAGCUCUUCUGAUGAGUCUACGCGCAACAACCAACGUUGUGGACAUGACGGCGCAAAAACUUGA